AUGCACCCCGAUGUCAACGAGUAUGGACUCGAUCCAAUCUCUACAAUCGUGGUCGGCGGCGUAAUGCUCAUCCUAACAGCUAUUGCGCUGUCCCUUAGAGUCUACGUACGAGGCUUUCUCAUCAAAUCGUUCGGCUGGGAUGACAGGCUUCUGUGUUUUGCUUUUUUUCUAUACACCGGAAAUUGUAUCAUCUUGAUACUCAUGGGAGCAACACAAGCCGUUGAUGGCAUUGAGGAGAUCUCUGCAACCCGGAAACUCGCAAAGCUCGCACUCGCUGGCCUGACUGUCUGGAAUGCGACCGAGAUAUUCAUCAAGCUAUCUGCAGCAUUCUUCUUUCUUAGACUGGUUCAGGAGCUUUGGCAGAGACGCACCAUUCUGAUCUCAAUCACCAUCUACGUUACGGUCAUGACUUCAGUCAUCCUACUCACCAUCUUCCAAUGCGGAGUUCCCUCAAACAUCUUCGUACACCGCAAUUGCUUGGACUGGGACUCGGUGAUGGGGCCUAUCAGCUACGUUAGUGGGGCCCUGACAGCACUAACGGACUGGAUUUUCGUCUUGACUACCGUGAGCCUCGUGCUGAAGACGAAGAUGCCACCUAGGGCUAAAACAUCUGUUGUCUUGCUUCUCUCACUGGCCGCCAUGGGCAGUGUAGUCUCGAUUGCACGGAUUCCUUUCAUCCGCGGAGGGAGAUAUCAACUCAGUACGACCUCAAAACUUCCUCGAGUCGUCAUUCUGGCGGCCAUAGAAGCAGGCAUUGGCAUUAUUGCCCUCUCACUAGCUACACUUCGACCUCUGGUCAAGACCUGGAUGGAUGCAUUGAGUAGCAAAGCUUCAUCGUCAUCUGAAGAUGUAGAGCGCCAGAUUGCUGCUGCUGGACAUCGCGGAACCCCAGCUGUAGUGGUCGCCGGUCCUGCUGGCAAUGGAGAAUAUGAAGUCAUCGAUAUUGAAAUGACGAGGCCUAAAGACCGGCGUGCGGAUUCCCAUUGGAACGAUCAGGUGAUUGCGACGAUCUCUAUGCCAUCGGAGAUUUCUGGAAGAUAUGGCGUCCUGGAUAGUGUAUAUUCUGCCGAUAUGCACCAGAGAUGA